AUGUGUGAUAUAAACGAUGCUAUACAGAUAGCUGUUUUGGGUGACAAAUCUGUCGGCAAAACUGCCAUUAUCCGUCAAUGGUUAUUCAAUGAUUUUCAUAUUCAGUAUCAUGAAACUCAUAUGGCUACAUACCAUUUUACAGCAUUGUACAAUGGCGAUCGUUUGUUUCACAUACGAAUUAUUGAUACACCUCGGUUUGACGAAAAUGAUCCCGAUCCACAAAAUGAGUGGGUAAAACUUUAUUGUUUUCGUCGUUGUGCCUUAUUUUUAAUGGUAUUCGAUAUUAGUCGUGAGGAAACAUUUUCCUAUAUAAAACAACUUUAUCGUGAAAUAGUUAGCGUACGAAACGGCCUAAGUCGUUCGAGUAUUGACGAUGAUACAUUAACAGCAACUGUUCCCAUCAUCCUUGUGGCAAACAAAGCCGACUUAAUUAAUUUAGAUCAACGUUAUUCAAAUGUCACAUUGGCAAAUUCACGAGAGAUAACAAAUUUUGCUAAAAAGACGUUAAAAGCAAAUACCAUACAAUGUUCAGCCAAAUAUAACUGGCAUCUUGUUUUGCUGUUCAAAGAAGUUUGUAGAAUGCUAGAACGUGUAGAAGAUAAUGUGGGUCAAAAAGGUCUACAUCAUGGAAGAAGACAGAAACAUUGUAGUAUUAGUUAA